AUGCUGUAUGGAUCUACUAGGAGCCAGAGGCACACAAGGGCAACUCUUCAGCUGCCUCCAAGCCAUCUCCUGCGCUCAUCCCUGCGCUCCGCUUGGUGUAGACGCGGCCAAGAGGAGCCUGCGCAGCGCCGCCAGCCCGGCGCAGAGCCGGCAGAGCUGCUGCUGAGCACAGUUAAUGUGUUCCAUCCCGGAGCUGUUUUGCAUACCGUUGAUCACAGGCUCCUUCUGCUCCGGGUCACACGCAGACCCCCUCCCCGAGCACACCCACCCACCCUUCCACGGGCGUUGGGUGUAGCAGGGCGCUCAGCGCUCCGCUCCGGCGACGAGCGGCGCUGCUGCGGAGUGACCUCUGCCAGCCUGAGCACACAGCAGCCUCCUUUGGACCCGCCAGCCAAUUACUGGCCUCUGCGGAGCACUUCGCUGCCAGACAAUCGAGUCACAAUAGGAUUAGGAAGCGUUGCAGGGAGACCACAAGGGAAAGCAAAUAGAGGCGUAACUGCAGUAUCACAGUAUCAGAGUUACCUUGACCAAGGAACACAGAUCUUCUUAAACAACAGCAUUGAGAAAUCAGGCUGGCUGUUUAUCCAGCUCUAUCGCUCUUUUGUGUCCUCAAUUUUCAGCCUCUUUAUGUCUAGAACAUCUAUCAAUGGACUGCUGGGAAGGGGCUCAAUGUUUGUGUUUUCCCCAGAACAAUUUCAAAGACUGCUUAAAAUUAACCCAGAAUGGAAAUCCCACAGACUUCUCGAUUUAGGGGCUGGGGAUGGAGAAGUCACUAAAGUCAUGAGUCCUCACUUUGAAGAAAUCUAUGCCACUGAAUUGUCUGAAACUAUGAUAUGGCAGCUUCAGAAGAAGAAAUACAGGGUGCUUGGUAUAAAUGAAUGGCAAAACAUAGGAUUUCAAUAUGAUGUUAUCAGCUGUUUGAAUUUGCUGGAUCGCUGUGAUCAACCACUGACUGUAUUAAAAGAUAUUAGAAGUGUACUGGAGCCAACUAGAGGCAGAGUCAUUCUAGCACUAGUUCUGCCAUUUCACCCCUAUGUGGAAAAUGUAGGUGGCAAGUGGGAAAAGCCCUCAGAAGUUUUGGAAAUCAAAGGGCACACUUGGGAAGAACAGGUGAAUAGCCUGCCAGAAGUUUUCAGUAAAGCUGGGUUUGCCAUAGAGGCUUUCACCAGACUGCCAUACCUAUGUGAAGGUGAUAUGUAUAAUGACUACUAUGUACUAGAUGAUGCUGUCUUCGUCCUCAAGCCAGUGUAAGUGUGUAUGAAGUACAUCUCCACAGUCUAACCCAAGAAGCAGCCUCUGAAAGAGGAGCUUGAUUUAUGGUUACUUAAAGGGUGGGAGUUUGGGAGUUGCCAUGCUUAAAUAAAUACCAUGUAAGAAAUUUAAAGGCCAAAACACUAAUGUAUUUCUUUGUAGUGUGAUUAGGAAAAGAAGGGUUGUUUUUUAAAUGGACUCUUAAGUUGAGAAUUUCUUUUUUACCAGCUCUUAAACCAACAACAGAUUCUCCAGUCUGGCAGUAAUGGGGGAUUUUUUUUAUGCUUACCUGCAACAGGGAUCAGAUGCAAACAAAAGCAAUAGUCCUAAUAAUGAUGAAGCUGAUACAGUGUGAACUGUUGUUAAAGACAUCAAAUGAAAUCUGGCAAUAAAGUUAUCCAUUCAGUUCAA